CGCCAUUAAACAAUCUCAUCGCAGCUACCUUGCACUUUAUCACAAUGGAAAGUCCCCACGAGCAUCAGCAAGCCUUGCUGCUAUCUCGCAUCAUCGGCAACAUUGAAAAACUCAAUGAAUCGAUCAUGGUUAUGAAUCGAAAUCUUCAGGAGAUCAACAUUCAGAACAUGAACGUUGAGCUCGUAGCGCAGAUGUUCAAAAACUACCAGUCUAAUGUCCUAUUCCACUUGGAAGCGACGGAGAACUUGAAGGGACCAUCCUGAGCUUCACCGGCGUACUUGUACUUACGAAGAUAUGAUGUUUCUUUCUGUUGGCAAAUGGUUGUUAGGGUC